CUCCUUUUGGCUGGGCAAGUCACAUUUCAUCUGAAGCCUCAAGAAGAACGACUAAUGAACCCUAGAUCUCCAAACGGAGGUAUUACUCCAAUGUCAAAACCUUAAAAGUGCCUUCUCGCUCUGUGCAGAAUCCUAAUUGUCUGCAGCCCGCUCCUUUGCUUAAUUAUUUUUCGUCAAUGGUGGAGGAAGUAGAAGAAGGAGAAGGAACCAGCAGGUCGGGUUCGGUGGCAGCAGCAGCAGUCGCCGGUACUGAUGCUCGUUCGUCUCUUUCUCCACGUAAGAGACUUCUUUCCAUUCAGAAGCCGAAUGGAUGGGCAUCUGCGGACUCUGCUUCGUCCGCUUCGUCGGUUCGGUUACGAAAGAGGACCCAAGAGUUGCCGAGUAUCUCCGAUUGCCAUGUGUGUGGUGCUCGAAUGAAUAAGAAGGGGAAAGAUAAGCUCCUAACCCUAGAUAGCCAGUGGCGUGUUGUACUUCUUUGCAAGAAAUGCUUUGACGGUGUAGAAUCCGCAAAAAUUUGCUCUUAUUGUUUUAUGGAAGUUUCUGAGGAGAGUGCGGGGUGUCGCGAGUGUGGACGGAGGAUUCACAGAGCUUGCAUUUUGAAGUAUCCUGGGUUUUCUCCUUGCUCCAAUUCGGGUUCAGUUUCUUUUACGUGCAUUGAUUGUUGGGUUCCAAAACCGCCCGGUAAUUCAAACGGAGCUUGUAUGAGUAGAAACCCUAGUGGAGACAGCAAGAUAUUGUCAGAUGCUUGUUCGGUGGAGAAUUCUAGGGUAUCUGCUCCUGAGGCUUGCUCCAAAUUAUUGGAGGAUGUCGUGAAGGAUGCAAAUUCGGCUGCCGAGAAGAAGAUUGCAGCUGCAACUUUGGCCCGAGAGAAGGCUUUCACAAAAGCUGUUGCAGCAAGAAGGGCUGCAGCACUGGCAAGAAGUGCACUGAGUUUGGCUGUGGUGGCUGCAAGAGAGGAGAACAGAGAGAAGGAUUCUUCUGCAAGUUGUGCUUCGAUCAUUGACGAUGCAGAAUUGGCACUCCGGUUGCAUCGGGCGAUCAACAGCUCACCGAGGAUUGCCAAGAACUUGUGCUCAUUAAACUCAGACUGCAAGAUAUGGCACUGUAAUGGUAAUUCAUUAGCCAGGGCCUCUGAUCCUGGAAGUCCUAGUGUUUGUGGAAAGCUUGACGUUUGCACUGAGAACAAAUUAUUUGAAAACCCUGAUAAAACUAUUUCAGAACCUUCUGUUCGCAUUGCUCCAUCGGAUCAUGAUUCUUCUACUGACUUGGUUGCUUUGGGACAAAAUACGAAGGUGGAAAAAGAUUCAAGUCCUCAACUGAAGCAAUGUAAAGAUUAUGGUGAGGAUGGUGUAAUUGUAAGUCCUGAGGAAGUAUUCAAAGCAGGUCCUCUUAAAAUACUGGACAGUAAAGAUGAUAAAGUGGAACUGCCCAUGAAGGAGGACGAAGCAAGCUGUUCCAAUAAAUUUGUUAAGUCUAGUGGGGACGACAACAGUAUAGACUCUGGAUCCCAGUCUUAUCAGAAGAAAAAUAAGUGGGAGUAUAAUAAGGUUUCAAAUAAUGUUGAAAACAUGUGCCAACUCUCAUGCGAGGGAGAUUCUUCUAUGCUGAAAAAUAAAAGAUGCAGUGAGUCUGAUCGGUAUUUAAGAAAGUAUAGUAAGAGGAACUCAAGCUUAAAAUCCGUUCUGGAUUGUAAGACCAAAUUACUUUAUGAAGAUUUGCCCCUUGAAAGUCAGGAUUCAGCCCCAGGACUACCUUGUCUACAGCUGAACUGUUCCAAGGCGUUGAGAUCAUUGUCUGAUGCUUCCUUCCAGUCUCCUUCAGUUCCCCUGCAAGCUUCUGUGUAUGAAAGUGGGCCAUCUGGAAACCAGUUGUGAACCUUCACAGGUGAUACGAUGAUCUGCUGAUACAUCUCCGAAUUAUAGAAUAGUGAAGUAACUGCCGAUUAAAGAACUCAUAGUCUUGUCUUUGCCCUUUGUAUAUACUCCAGAAUAAUUGAGGAUACCCCAGAGAAGUCCGAGGGACUGAAACUUGCAGGAACUGAUUCUUUAUUUAUUGGAAGUGUGGUACAUAGCUUAGUUUCAUUAGAUGCUUAGUAGUGUUCUCAAAGACUCCUGACAGUGUUGCACUGAAAUUUGUUAUUUAUACUUUGUAAAUUAAUAAUUACUGUGGUACUUUCUUUU